UUGAGCGACCUCGCCAGCUAGAGGUGCACGGCUUGACGAUAAACGGAGUUUUUAAUAAACAAAAAAUUAAGACCAUGUAAAAAAUUGUAUACAGUAGUAUAAACAGUUAGCAGUGAGGUAAUGAAAUUCUGCUUAUAGUUGUGGAACAUACUAAACACAAAGCCAGCUUGCAGCAAGAAGAUUAAACAGCAAAUUAGAAAGUUAUGGUGUCAGAGGUCAAAUUUUAAUUUGGAUCACAGAUUUCCUUGCUACUGUAAUAGAAAGCAACAAGUGAAGAGUUGUAAAUAACCAAGAAAGAAGGUGCAAAUAACCCCAAGAAGACUUGGAUAAGAUCCUGAAUUGGAGUAGUGACAGGCUAAUGAAGUUUAAUAUUGAUAAAUGCAAGGUACAGGGUGUCAAAAUGACUAAUAUACAUGAUAUUGCCAAGUGGCCUAUAUUCAGUCUACUGGAUGAAAGUUUUUUCAAUGUUAUCAAGUUUGCCUGCGUGUUUGGCAGUUCAGGUAACGAGGCUAUAUUUGUGACCAAAGAGGACGAUGUGUACUCCCUAGGCAACAACCACAACAGCUGCUUGGGACAAGGGGACGUUCAAAGUAGCUUGCAUCCGCGCAAGAUCGAGUGUCUGUGCAAGAAAGGUGUUGUAGAUAUGGCUUUUGGUUCCGGACCUCAUGUAGUUGCAGUGACCGGUGAUGGACAGAUUUACAGCUGGGGUCACAAUGGUUAUUGUCAACUUGGAAAUGGCUGCACAAAUUCUGGACUCUCACCAAAGCUCAUCUCAAACACGGGUAACCUCGGUUCAUGUAAGGUCACGCAAAUAGCUUGUGGUAGCCAUCACACCCUUGCUCUGACAGAGAUGGGAGAGAUGUAUGCUUGGGGUUAUAAUAAUUGUGGUCAGGUUGGUACAGGUGCAACAGCUAACAUCAACACACCAAGGAAAGUGGCAUCAGUAUUAGCUGGAAAGAAGGUGGUAUCUAUAGCAUGUGGCCAGACAUUCUCUCUAGCUUUGACUCAACAUGGAGAGAUAUAUGGAUGGGGUUAUAAUGGUAAUGGUCAACUAGGUCUUGGGAACAAUGUUAACCAGCCAAGUCCCUGCAGAGUGUCCAGCAUACAGAACACUGUCGUCUCACAGAUUGUUUGUGGUUAUGCUCAUGCAUUGGCAUUGUCUGACACUGGAGUAUUAUUUGCCUGGGGAGCGAACUCCUAUGGACAAUUGGGCAUUGGGAACAAAGCAAAUCUGGCAACGGCAACACCAAUUGCAUCGGACAUUGGCAGAUUCAUAGAAGUUGCAGCCACUCAUUAUAACCAUGUGUCGACUGCUAUGGGGGAAAAUGGAACCGUCUAUAUGUGGGGUCAAUGUAGAGGUCAAUCGAUCACGUUGCCAAUGGAAACAAGGUUUACAAGUGUUGAUGAUGUGUUUGCUUGCUUUGCUUCACCUGCAGCUACAUGGCGUCCCGUGACAUUUGAAAAUUUUCUUGGAAGAAGAGCUCUUGAGAAAAGUCUACUGAAAGCUUUUGAUGACCCGGAAACAUCGGACCUGAAGUUUCUUGUCGAAGGAAAGCAUAUACACGUUCACAAGGCAAUAUUGAAGAUAAGAUGUGAACACUUCCGCACCAUGUUCCAGUCACACUGGGGAGAGAGUGGAAAAGAUGUUAUUGAAAUCAGUCAGUUUUCAUACCCAGUAUACCACGCCUUUCUCCAUUACUUGUACACAGAUAAAGUAGAACUCUCUCCAGAAAAUGCAAUAGGUCUGCUUGACCUAGCAAACUCGUACUGUGAAAUGCAUUUGAAGAGAAUGUGUGAACGUAUCAUAAAGCAAGGGAUUUGUGUUGAAAAUGCCGCAAUGCUGAUGGCAGCAGCUAUCAAAUACGAAGCAGUCGAACUUGAAGAUUUUUGUUUCAAGUUUUCCAUGAACCACCUGACAGCUGUGGUGCAAACUGAAGCCUUUCAAAAGUUGGACGAAUUUACCGUAAAAACUUUGAUAAAGAAUGCAGCACAAUGGGGUGCAUUUAAGUAUUGAUUGAAAUAAGAUUUACUCAUUUCAGGUGGAGGUGCACCUUUAUUGAGCAAUAUGCUGGAUAUAUUUAUAAUUAUAUAAUAAUAUUUAUUUUGACAAAAACAUUAACAUUAGUUGCAUGCUGGAAAACAGUAAAAUCUCAAAAUGACGAAUUAUUGCUGGACAAAAUAUGUCAUAAGAGAACUGUGAUACUAAACAAAUAUAAGGUUAAACUUUACCUAUGCUUCCUUGAAAAUAAUAUAUGUUACCUCUCCCUCUCUAUACAUCCUUACCAGCUUCCUUAAAAAAUCUAAAUGCUAAAGUUUAGCCUUUUUAAUUCCCCCUUCCCCCAAAGCUUAAAAUCUUCCUUACGAGUACAAAGUACAAUUACAGUUAUAGUUAUGUUACUUAUUCGCUUCCUUAAUAAAACUAAGUGCUAAAGUUUACUCUUUUUUCCCCUUCCUGACCAAACAAACUUUCAAACCUGCCUUACAACUAGCAACAUCUUUCUCUAUUAAAUUGUAAAUGUGAUUCAACUUACUGAUAGCAACUGAUCCUUAGCAACUAGCCAGCAACUGUGAGCAACUGGUGAGCAACUAUGCGAUCUGAAAGCAACUUGUGCGAUCACAAGCAUUCACUUGCUCUCAGUUGCCCAUGUUGUAUUUUUCUGCAUUUCAAAGCAACUGACAAGCAAUUAAAUGGUGAGAGUAUUAACCCUGUAAAUCUAGUCAACUGUGCCACAUAGGGUGACAUUUAUGAAGUAUAACAACUAUUUGUAGGUAAAUCUACAAUUGAAUUGUUUUUAUUUUUUUGCAAUAUAUUAUUAAGUUAUCACUGAAGACGCACAUGUUUUUGAAGGUCGCCAUGAGUGUUGACUGUUGGAAUAUCACCUUGGGAAUUUAGGCAAUUGAUUGAAUUUUACAUAGUAGACAGGACACAAAGUAUAGAGGCUGGUUAUUCAUAGUCACUUAACAAAAGUAAUGAUAAUUUAUGUGAUCACACGAGUAGGUUACAAUAUCAGUUAUAGUGCAAUGGACCAGUUGGUCUCAAGAAUUGAAUAUAAAAGAGUUGAUCGCAAGAGUUGAUUGCCAGAGCUUGUGUAACUAUUCAGUUCUUUUGACAACUUUUGUAAUGACACACAAUCUGAUCACAUUACUUAGGUCAGGCACACUGCUCCAACAAUUGUUGGUUGAAAGGACUCUAUGGAGAAGACAAUGCAACAAAAUGUGUGCAGGAAAUCAUUUUUAAUGAACUCUGUUUGCCACUGACAAUGUGCAGACAGUAUCUUGCAUGAAGAGCUCACAGAAAGUGGAGAUGAAUUUAUCGCAGUGUGUUCCUCACUUAAGUUGAUCACGUGUUCAUUAAAAUAGUUUAUUGCAAAUGUUUUUGUUUGUACUACACAGUGGCAGAUUCUAGGUGCUAUAAUCAUACAUUUUCUUACCUCAGCCCCACCAUAGUUGGGGCUGAGGUGGUCUACACCCCUUAUCUCUCAAAAUCCCUCCCUGGGCCCUCUACAGUAUUUCGAAUUCAUUGACCUGCCACUGCCACAGUACAAAAUGUUAUCUGGUCAAUAUUGGUUUAUAUAAAAUUUUUAGAUUUAGGUCGCUAAUAAUAUGUUUAAGAUAAAGCCGUAUGGGGACCAAGGAGAUGCUUUUAUUUUUAUAUAGCUAAAUUUUGAUUAUUUGCGUAACCUUAAAUUGCUUUUAUGUCCUGUAAUAAAAAUUUAAAAAAAUAUUGCAAAUGAAAA